GCCACCUUCCUCCUCCCUUCUCCUCCGCCGCCGUCGUCUUCUUCUUCCAAUCCUCCUCCGCCGUCACUCCCUCUCUCUCUCUCUCACUCACUUAUAUACACCCCCCACUUUCUCUCAAGUCCAAGCACUCUCUCUAUUCAUUCUCUUCCCUCUCUCUCUGUUUGCUGCGUUCGCAUGGCCCUCGUCCGCCACCGCCGGCAGCUCAACCUCCGCCUCCCCUUGCCGGAGCCCUCCGACCUCCUCCUCCUCCCGCCCUUCCCCGCCCCCGCCGCCGCUCCCCCCGCUGCCAUCUCCGCCUCCGACCUCGAGACCCUCCACGUCCUCGGCCACGGCAACGGGGGCACCGUCUACAAGGUCCGGCACAGGCGCACCUCCGCCGUCUACGCCCUCAAGGUCGUCCGCUCCGGCUCCGACGCCUCCACCCGCCGCGGCGCCCGGCGCGAGGCCGAGGUCCUGCGCCGCGCAGCCGGGUGCCCCCACGUCGUCGGCUGCCACGGCUCCUUCGAGGAGGCGUGCGGGGACGUCGCCAUCGUCCUCGAGUACAUGGACCUGGGGACCCUGGAGUCGGUGCUCCGUAGCUACGGCCCGUUCGGCGAGCCGGACCUGGCCGACGUGGCUCGCCAGGUCCUGAACGGUCUCGACCACCUCCACUCGCGCAAGAUCAUACACCGAGACAUCAAGCCGUCGAAUCUGCUCGUGAAUUCGAAGAUGGAGGUCAAGAUCGCUGACUUCGGAGUGAGCAAGAUCAUGUGCAGGACGCUCGAAGCGUGCGACUCGUACGUCGGCACGUGCGCUUACAUGAGCCCGGAGCGGUUCGACCCGGACUCCAACGGCGGCAGUUAUAACGGUUAUGCCGGAGACGUGUGGGGGCUGGGGCUGACCCUGCUGGAGCUGUACUUGGGCUACUUCCCGUUCCUGGACCCGGGGCAGCGGCCCGACUGGGCCAGCCUCGUGUGCGCGAUCUGCUUCGGCGAGGUGCCGAGCCUGCCGGAGCGGGCGAGCGGCGAGUUCCGGAGCUUCGUCGAGUGCUGCCUGCAGAAGGAGUCCGGCAAGAGGUGGACGGUGGCACAACUUCUGACCCACCCGUUUGUGUGCAAGGAUCCGAUAUCCGGGGCAUGAAGGGCGGGUCGACCCGAGUGAAGAGUCCGACAUCAUUCGGACCUCCUCUUUUUUUUUUUCCCCUUUAGAGAUUUUGAUUUUGUGCAUAAUGGGCGAAUUUUAGGAUUUACAUUCCUUUGUCCUAAAUUUGAUCGAUGAAUGUUCAUGACAAUGGAAGAGCAUCUUUU